AGUCGCCAUACAGUUCCCUUUUCACCAAUUGAAAUAUUUCGAGCCUUUCUCAAUCAUCUUCAGUACUGCCGUACGGACCUCCGACCAAAGAACAUUUCUCUGAAUGGUUAAAACUGUUCCCAAGGAGUUUGGGUUCUGACUAAGCUACCAAGCUUGAGAAUUGUUGGGAUUUUGAUGUGCUUUUUCUGUAUGUUUGACACUCCAAAAUUUCGACCCCUUCUUAAAAUCCGAAUUCCUGACAAGGAAGCAUCAAUUCGCCCAUAACCUCAUUACCACUUCAAUGAACACAGCAUCUGUCAGCACAAUGAGUAGUAUUCGUCCUACAAUAAAUGGGUUGGCCAAGUCAUCGAAACCAAUCCUAUGGAAACAUCCGGACCCUGACUCGACCCGCAUGGCGGAGUUCAUGCGCCGGGUAAAUCAGAAGUAUGACCUGGACUUGCAGACCUAUGAAGAACUGUUUGGGUGGUCAAUUGAUCAAAUUGGAGAUUUCUGGACUGAAGUUUGGGAUUUCUCUGGCAUUGUUGCUGAAAAGAAGCCUCUUGAGGUCUUACCGAAAGAUGCUCCGUUAUUUCCUAGACCAGACUUUUUUGCGGGGGCUCUUUUGAAUUUUGCUGAAAAUCUAUUGUACCCCGCCAACGUCAGCAUUGACCCCAGUUCUGCCGCUAUCAUCGAAGCCACUGAGAUUGGAAACUCUACCAUCAGUUGGAAUGAACUUCGUGAACGAGUUCGACUCUGUGCUAUUGCAUUUAGGCUUCAUGGAGUGAAGGAGUCCGAUCGCAUCGCCGGAUUUCUCGGCAACCAUGCCAAUACCGUUGUGGCAAUGCUGGCAGCUGCAUCCAUUGGAGCCAUCUGGACUGGAGUCAGUCCUGAUACUGGCGUCACAGCUGUUUUGGAGCGACUAGUUCAGAUUGGGCCAAAGGUGCUGCUCGUAGACAAUGCUGUGAGAUACAAUGGCAAAGUUCACGGGAGUUAUCAGAAGGUGAAAGACAUUGUUGGAGGAUUGAGAGGGCUGGCGGCUUGCGUUAUCUUUGAGACCGUGAAAGGAUUCGAAAUGAAGACGGCAGGGCUGGAUCCAGAUAAUGGAAAAGCAUGGACAUACGCCGAAUUUAUUCAGAGUGUUGACAAUCCUGCUGCACAUCUCGACUUCAAUCACUUACCACCAUCUCACCCGCUCUAUAUCCUGUACUCGAGCGGUACCACCGGUGCUCCAAAGUGCAUCGUUCAUUCCGCUGCUGGUACACUGCUUCAACACAAAAAGGAGCAUAUUCUGCACUGCGACAUACGACCUGGCGACAGAAUGCUCUACUUCACAACUACAACAUGGAUGAUGUGGCACUGGCUUGUAUCUGCACUUGCUUCAGGUGCCACCAUAAUACUCUAUGAUGGUUCCCCGUUCCAUCCCCACGGCGAACUUUCGAUGCCACUCUUGAUUCAAGAUCUGCGAAUUACACAUUUUGGUACCAGCGCCAAGUAUCUUUCUAUCCUGGAACAGAAAGGAGUUCGACCCAUGAAAGGACCCGAGAAGGUUGACCUCAGCUCUUUGACAGCAAUCUACUCUACAGGGUCUCCACUUGCGCCUUCAACAUUCAGCUACGUUUAUGAAGCGUUUCCAUCCUCAAUCAAUCUCGGUUCGAUUACUGGUGGUACGGAUAUCAUUUCUCUUUUUGGAGCUCCUUGCCCUUUACUGCCAGUGUAUCCGGGAGAGAUACAAUGCAAAGGCCUUGGCAUGGCAAUCGAGGCAUGGAGUCCGGAUGGUAUUGCCGUCGGUGAAGGUCAAGAAGGUGAUCUCGUCUGCGUGAAGCCUUUCCCUUGCCAACCUAUCACAUUUUGGAGCUCAGAGUCAAGUGAGAAGGGGCAAACGAAAUAUAAAGAGGCAUACUUCGAGAUGUUCACUGGGGUGUGGCAUCAUGGCGAUUUCAUAAGAUUUGAAAAAGGUACAGGAGGGCUGAUGAUGCUGGGGAGAAGUGAUGGGAUCUUGAAACCUAGUGGGGUGAGAUUUGGAAGUGCAGAGAUAUACAAUAUCUUGCUCAAGCACUAUCCGGACGAAGUUGAAGAUGCGAUCUGUGCUGGAAGGAGGAGGGACACCGAUGCUGACGAGACUGUGGUCCUUUUCCUGAAGAUGGCUCCAGGGAAGAUCUGUGGUGAUGGUUUGAAGAAUGGUAUCAAAGCCGUGAUCAGGAAAGAGCUUUCAGCGAGGCAUGUGCCUGGUGUUAUUAAUGAGUGUUUUGACAUUCCGGUGACGGGGAAUGGAAAGAAAGUCGAGAUUGCAGUGAAGCAGAUUCUGUGUGGGAUGAACAUUAAAGUUGGUGCUAGUGUUGCCAACAAGGAGUGUUUGGAAUGGUAUCGGGAAUGGGCUGCGAACCAUUAGGUACAAAACAUUGGAGACCAAGAAGAGCAAAGUUUUGGAUACCUGCAUUUUGGAUGAGUGAUGAUUGUCGGCGAGUUGUUAAUACUGUACAAGAAUCGUGUGGCUAAAAGGGUGUGUGGAAGUAGACAUCAUGGGUGUGAAACCAUUGGUUUUUGCCCAACAUAGGUUUUUAUUUUGGACAUUUAGUCAUGACACAGUUUCAGAGCACCAAUGUAUCAUAUACUCUUUGCUCGUCGUUC